AUGGCUGACACAAAUAUCUCUGUGGACAAGGACCAAUUCUGUUGCUCGGUGUGCUUGGAAGUGCUGUGGGAGCCGGUCACUAUUCCCUGUGGUCACAGUUAUUGCAUGGAGUGUAUUAAAGGUUACUGGAGGAAAUGUGAGUUAAAAGAAGAGUACAGCUGCCCUCAGUGUCGAAGAACAUUUAGUCCCAGACCUGCACUGUCCAGAAACACCAUGCUGGCUGAUAUUGUGGAAAAACUGAGGAGAACUGGAGUUCAAGAUGUUCUUCAGAGUCAUAUUAAGGAUGUGGACUGUGAUGUUUGUACUGGGAGGAAGCAUAGAGCUGUGAAGUUUUGUGUAAAAUGUCAGACAUUAUACUGUGAAAUUCACUUAAAACCUCACAACGAAAGAAAUCGAGGAAGGAUGCAUCAGCUUAUUGAAGUUACAAAGCAAUCGCAGAAGAGAAUUUGUUCACGGCACAAUAAACUGCGGGGGGUUUACUGUCGCACUGACCAACAGUGCAUUUGUAGUUCAUGCCUAAAGGAUGGGCACAAGGGACACAGCGUAGUAUCAAUUAUGGAGGAAAGGACUGACAAACAGAAACACUUAGAGGAAGUGUGGAGAAAGUCAAAGCAGAGGUGUAAGGAGAGAGAAAAGGAACUCCGAGACAUUGUAAAAUACAUCAAGCGUUCUGCACAAGUGGUUGAGGACGACAGUGAAAAGAUCUUCACCAGACUGUUGCGCUCCAUCGAAAGGAAGCACACUGAGGUGAAAGAGCUGAUCAGAGGUGAGGAGAGGACAGCUCUAGGCCAGACGGAGAAGCUUCUAGAACAACUGAAUCAACAGAUAACUGAACAUAAAAGAGGAGAGGCUGAGCUAGAGAUGCUUUCAAACACAGAGGACCAUAUCAAUUUCCUACAGAACUAUAAAAAUCUGUGUGCUCCUCCUGAAGUCGGGGGUCAGCCCAGCAUUGACGUCCAUCCAUACUUCUCUUUGCUGAUAUUGAGGAAGGCUCUCACAGAGCUAAAAGAGAGAGUUACUGACAUUUGUGACAGAGAAUCAGCAAGAAUAUCAGAAAUGGUUGAUGAAGAGCACAAUCAGUCAUCUGAAAAUAUCUCGAGUUUACCAGUGAACUCUGAAACAGCACGAGGAAUAUCACCACAAACUGAGCCGAUGACUAGAGGAGAUUUCUUACAAUAUUGCCGUGAUCUGACGUUAGACCCAAACACUGCCAACUCUUUCAUCCGUCUCUCUGGAGACCAUCGAGAGGUCACAACAGAACUGGAGCCUCAGUCAUACUCUGAUCAUCCAGAGCGGUUCAGCAGCUGGGCUCAGGUCUUGUGCACAGAGGGUCUGUCGGGACGCUGUUACUGGGAGGUGGAGUGGGGAGGCAGUGGGGGAGUUUCCAUUGGAGUUUCCUACAAAGGGAUUCCAAGGACUGGAGGGAAUACGGACAGAAAACUGGGAUGCAAUUCCAAAUCCUGGAGCUUAGAUUUCUCAGAUUCUCUUUGUUUGUUCAGGCAUGAUAAGUCUAGAAUAGAAAUACACACUCCAAUGCCAAAUAGAAUUGGGGUGUAUCUUGAUCACAGAGCUGGAACUCUGGCUUUCUAUAGUGUUUCUUUAGCAGAUGAUAGUAUGACUUUGCUUCAUCAAGAGCAGACCACUUUCGCCCAACCCCUCUACCCUGGAUUCUGGGUUGGACUUGGCUCCACUUUGAAACUCUGUCAAACUUUCAGUUUCUCAGCUUAGUAAAACAAAAACAAAUGUGUGUGCUCUUAUUUAUUUAUAAAGAAGAUAUUUUGUUACUGUUAUGAACAGAAUGAAUUUUAAAUCUACGGGAUGAGGGGGCCUGGGUAGCUCAGCGAGUAUUGACGUUGACUAUCACCCCUGGAGUCACGAGUUCGAAUCCAGGGUGUGCUGAGUGACUCCAGCCAGGUUUCCUAAGCAGCUAAAUUGGCCUGGAUGCUAGGGAGGGUAGAGUCACAUGGGGUAACCUCCUCGUGGUCGCGAUUAGUGGUUCUCUCUCUCAAUGGGGCGCGUGGUAAGUUGUGCGUAGAUCGUGGAGAAUAGCGUGAGCUUCCGCGUGCGGAGUCUCCACGGUGUCAUGCACAGCGAGCCAUGUGAUAAGAUGCGCGGAUUGAUUGUCUCAGCAGCGGAGACAACCGAGACUUGCCCUCUGCCACCCGGAUUGAGGUGAAUAACCGCACCACCACGAGGACCUACUAAGUAGUGGGAAUUGGGCAUUCCAAAUUGGGGAGAAAAGGGGAUAAAAAAUAAAAAAUAAAUAAAUCUACAGGGCAAAAUAUACAGCACAACCAGUGCAGGCCAAUUCCCAAACGAAUGAAUCUAAUGAGCCAGUUCUUUUGAAUCUAUAGCAUGACAGACACAGCACGACCAGCAUAGUUCAAUUCCCAAACAACUGACUCUUAUGAGCUAGUUCUUUUUAGUGAAUCAAAGACAUACGUAUUUUUACUGAUUUACUGAAUAAUCGAACACGCAAGUGAUGAUUUUCGUCAUGUCCAGGUCGAAAUGAAAUUAGAACUGCUACUGUGUUAUGCAACGUUGUACUUGAGUCUCCCGAGACUUAAAUCAGGCAGUACAGUUACUGAAUGGUUGUUCAUACAACAAUGUGUAGUUAAAGAUACACAAGUUUAGGUGUAGUCAAUAACAUUUUAUAAAAUAAUAAAUGCAAGAAUGAAAUGUUACAUCUUUUUUGUUUUAGAACUUUUAUUUAAUGUAUAGUUUGCAUAAAUUAUUGGAUUGCAUCUAUGCUUCUAAAAAGUCUAUAAAAAUAAACAUUUUUACAAAUGUAUUUCUGAUUUGUUUUAUCGGCUCUGUUGAAACCUGAAAUUACUGCAUCACUUGGCAACAGGCUGCUGAGGGCAGUAACUGCAAUAAGAAUUGCAUUUCUUAUGUCCAAACAAUUCUUCCUCAAAAGUACUAAGAGAAUCAUUAAAGAAAUAGAAUCGUUAAAGGAACUGUUCUAUCAUAAUUCUCUCAUUAUUUACUCACCCUAAUGCAGACAACUUUCUAUACUUGCAGACUACACACAUUUAUAUUAUAUAUAUAUAUAAGAAUGUGAACAUGGUAUUUAACAUAUAUUUAAUUACAUAAAUGGAAACUGAAAACAAUCAAUGCAUUACAAAAAUAAUUUGUGUUAAAUGCAUUAAAUACCAUAGGAAACAUGUGUUAAAUACAGUAGGACCAACAUAUGCAUUCUUGGGGUAGUAAUGCAAAUUCUUUAAUAAUAUAAAAAAUAUUCAACUAAAUAUAUAUAUAUAUUUUUUUUAAAGUCAGUUCACAAGAUAGACUCUUUAAUUGAGAAAUACUUGGAGAUGCAGAUCAAAAGACCACUUCAUGCUGGGUCAUUUUGACCACAUAUGUGUUUUAGGGUUAAUCCAUGACCAUAUUAAGGGGACACUUUGGGUGAGAAAGACCAAAAAUGUAUUUUAAGAAGUUCUUAUUCACUAUAAAUAUUUAGAAUCCAAAUCUUGUGAGAACUUGCGCUCAUUAACGCACAACGGACAUCAAGAUUUUAAAUGAAAAACUAACAUAAG